CACGCACGCCCUCCUCUCCCCUCGCCGCACUGACGUCAUCGCGUGUUUGUUUUGCGGAGGUUCUGAAGGAACAGCUGCUACCUGCACUGUCCCCGAACAUGCUCUGAUUUCACAGCUGGCAGUGUUGGUGGAUGAGAUGGCAGUGUGUGCACUGACCAUGUUGGAUGGGAUCGAGCAGGAGGUGGCUGCAGCUGGAGGGGUCUUGUUGCUCUUGGCGCUGGUCCUGGCCUGGCUCUCCACACAUGUGGCUGACAGAGGAGACCACAUCCUGGGCACCAUCCUCACAGUGGGAGCUCACGCCUCUCUCAUUGGACUGGGGGGUCACGACAGCUACAGUGGGGGACCAGCUAACUCCAGAGAUACUCCUGAACAGCCCACACCUUCAGCAUCACAGGAGAACAAGCCUGAGGAGGAGAGGGGAGACGGCGAUGGGACGAGUGAAGGAGCAGAGGAGGCAGGGACUGAAUCUCUCCUCGAUAUCCAGACCAAACAACAGACACUGCAGCUCUCUGACGAUGAAGAGGAGGAUCCAGAGGAUGAAGACGAGGAGGAGGAGCAGGUUAAAAAGUCAGUGAUGCACGUCUCGGCUCUGUGCUCCGCCACAUCUCCCACGGCAACAGCCAUCUCGAUUAGACUUAAGUUCCUGAAUGACACGGAGGAGGUGGCCGUGUUAGAGCCACAGGACACAGUGGGAGUGCUGAAAAGUAAAUACUUCUCUGGCCGUGAGCAGCAGAUUAAACUCAUCUACCAGGGCCAUCUGCUCCAGGACCCAAAGAGAACUCUGAAAUCCCUCAACAUCAGCCAUAACAGUGUCAUCCACUGCCACAUCUCCCAGACCCUUCACGAGUCUGGCCAAGAGGACGGAGCCCAGACUGGGGCUGGAUCGGGGGGCUCGGGGGGGUUCAUGGCUGCCGGAGUGGCCCUCAGCACGAGUAGCCUUGUGGUGCCUGUUUUUGUGGUGAUCCUGGCUGUGGUUUGGUAUUUCCGAAUCAACUACAGGCAGUUCUUCACCGCGCCCGCGACCAUCUCCUUAGUGGGAGUCACUGUGUUCUUUAGCUUUCUCAUAUUUGGGAUGCACAGCCGCUGAAAAGGCCAAAAACAUGAAUGUCGUGAGAAUAAGAAUAGCUGCAGCAGUGGGAGUCGUCUGAAGAUGGUGACUAAUAGAAAUGAACCAUAGAUGAUUGGAUUCAGUGUGCGCAAGUGUGUGGGGGCGUGGAGGUGAGCUGUAUCACGGAAAACUUGGGUAAACUUGACAGAAGUUUAGCUUAACCAUGACUUAGCCUCUUUCAGAAGAAAACAUUUUAGCUUAUUUUCAUUUGUACUGUUGCUUGGUUUUCAGAUUGUGUCAAUGUUUUAUGUGUACAAUAUAAUGCUAAACGUAACUGAAACAAACAUAACUUCUCUCACAUCAUUGUAAUGUACUCCUUUGAUUCAUUUUGUCUUUUGGAUGAUUGAUUUCUGUAUGCAAAAUAGACUGUACAGCUGCCCCAGUGCAGAGCCAAUUUAAAAUAUUUCUCUUGCUUUAAAAAAAAAAAAAAAAAAAAAGAGGUUGCGAUCUUGAUUUUGGUGAAUUAAAAUUAUUGCUAGAAAUGAUAGGACUCCUUUAAAAUGUACAUAUUUGUCUGUAAAUAAAAGGAUUGACUCAGAUGAUCUUGCAUCUGGCACUUAAAGGUUUGGAGUAUCCGUAGACUGCUUGUCUAUGGGGGGAACUGUAAUCUAAUGCUGGACUGCUUUGACUUCAGAAAUGUCUCAGAAUAAAGCAUUUGAAACCAG